AUGUCUGUGAAGGCUAUCCUCGUCCUCUGCGCCCAGGCGCUUCUUCUCAAGUCUGCCCUCAGUCAGUGCACCAGCCGCGCUGCGGUCGCUGAAAUCUCUCCACUAGCCGCUCCUUACGGCCUGGCUGCUCCCGUCCUAGGCACUCCUUGUGGACUGGCCGCUUCUGAGCUUGUCGCUCCUUGGGCUGGCUUUGGAGCUGCUGGUUUAGCUGCUCCCUACGGUUUGGCUGGUAGAGGCCUGGGUUACGAUGCCAUCAUCGGUGGCCCUGCUAUGGAGUUCAGCCCCACCAGUGGUGGUGGUAUGCCUGUGACCAGUGGCUCAGCCAUCGCUCCCGUCGGUAUCUCCGUAGCGUCUGACAAUGUUUAUGAGGGUGCUCUAGAAGUGAUUGGAGAGCUGCCUUUUGUCGGAACUGUCGCUAUGGAAGGAGUAGUGCCCUCUGCCGGUGCUGGUGCCGUCAACCAUGCCUGUGGUAAUGGCAGGACCGCCAUGGCCAGUGGCUCUGCUGCCUAUGCCCCGGCUGCUGCACUGGCUUCUCUUGGUGCUUACGGUCCUGCUGGUGCUUUCGCUCCCGCUGCUCUUGCUGCUCCUGGCCUCGGUCUCCGAGGUGAUCUGAUAGGCAGAGGCUGCGGUUGCGGAUGGGCCAUCUAA